AUGACGUCCCUCAACGUCCGCCCUCCUUACUCCGAUGCCGAGCUGCGUCAGCUCUACCCCCCGCAGGUUGAGCUACAACUAGUCCAGGUGCUCAUGCGCCAUGGCGAGCGCACCCCCGUCAACGCCCGAUUUCAGAACACCGGCCUGCAUCCCUUCUGGCCCUACUGUCGUUCCGUCCGCCACCUUCGCGCCGCCCUCCUCGACCCCACCACCGACAGUUACACAGAGCUGCAGUGGCGUCGACGUCUAGAGACCUUCGGCGCCAACGACGUCCCCAUCACCGCCACCGGGCCCCGCGCCGAGCUCGACGAUGUCUGUGACAUGGGCUCCCUGACCGAUCUUGGUCGUCAGACGACGUACGACCUCGGAGCCCGCCUGCGAAACCUCUACGUCGACCGACUCGCCUUUCUGCCGGCUACCAUCACCGACGCCGACCACCUAUACCUGCGAUCCACCCCCGUGCCCCGCGCCCUCGAGUCCCUGCAGCAAGCCUUUACCGGCCUAUACCCCCCCUCCGCCCGCGCCGCUGCCUUCCCUCCGCCGACGAUCCUCACACGCACCGCUCAAGAUGAGACGCUGUUCCCCAACGAUUCCAACUGCCGCCGCUUCGCCGCCCUCGCCCGCGCCUUUGCCCAGCGCACUGCCGACCGCUGGAAUACCACGCCCGAGAUGGACUACCUCAACAAGAAGCUAGCCCAGUACAUGCCACCCGAGAGCCCACGCGUCCAGGUCGACUCCCAUCCCCGCCUGUCCGGCAUCAUGGAUUCUAUAAACGCGACUCGCGCCCAUGGACCUGCCACACGCCUGCCCGCCCCCUUCUACGAUCCCAAGGUCAUUGAGAUUAUCGAACGUAUCGGCGUUGAGGAGUGGUACAGCGGAUAUCGCGAGAGCACAGAAUACCGUACGCUCGGCAUUGGUGGCCUCAUGGGUGACGUCGUAGCCCGCAUGGUCGGUUCCGCAGAGCAGUCCGCUGCUGAUGGCGACUAUGAGCUCGCCCAACCUUCCGGCUCCUCCUCCUCGCCGAGUUCCUCCAACGGCUCCGUCCCCGUCAAGUUCGGCAUAAGUGGCUGCCACGACACAACUCUCGCUGCUAUUCUCACAAGCCUCGGUGCUUUUGGCACUGACAAAUGGCCCCCCUUCACGAGCCACAUCGCCAUUGAGCUCUUCCGCGACUCGCGCCCCAAAGAUGCUGUGCCUCCCACAACGCAAUCGGCCCCGGUGGUCAAGUCUACAAACUGGUUCGCGUCACUCUUCAGCUCCGCCUCAACUCCCGGGACCCCCCCUCCGGGCAUCGGCCGCACACCGACCGAGUCCCUCACGGCCGCCGAGCGCGCCAAGCUCGAUGGCUACUACGUCCGCCUCCGCUACAACGACGAGCCGGUCACCGUACCCGGCUGCCGCGCUCAGGGGAACCAUCUCCCCGGCGACGAGUCGUUCUGCACGCUGGCCGCGUUCAAAUCCGUUGUCGACAAAUUUACACCCAAGGACUGGAAACAAGAGUGCCGCCUCAACGCAAAGGCCAUUGUCUUUCCGGAGAAGGUCGAGCCUGCCGGGUAUUAA